GGACAGUAAAUGUAUUUGCAGUAUGUAGUGUUUGUACAUUAUCAGCGGUCAUAGAAGCGGUGCAAACGUUUCCUUGGUUCACGAAUUAGACACUCGCCUGUAGUCUAAAAUAAUAUAUAUAUGAGUUUGAAAGCAUGGUAAUGUAUCGGAAGUUUUUACCUUUGUUAAGGUGCAGUGAAUAUGGUCAGUGUCGUUGAUCACAAUAAAUACAUUGUCUUGUGAGAAAGGUUUCAGAAAAGACGGAGUGCAUUAUUGAUCAUCAUUGUAGGCUUACUUUGAGCAUUUAAUGCCUUCGGUAUCAUCUGUCAAAAUACCCAGACAGGUUGCUAAAUAUAAUUAGCAACUUAUUGUAGUUACCUAUGAUAUUAAAAAUGACCAUCUACUGUAGUUGACACCAACAGAUUUGCUGUCUCGAUGAAGUCCGCGCGAUAAUGCAGCAGGUUCAAGAACUGAAGAUAGUCGGAUAAGUAAUGGUCUAACAUGGAUAGAGAUCUUCUACGCCAGUCGGUUGCGUGCCAUGGGCACCCCCUUUUUUCCCUUUUAAAAAGUGAGCAGUGUGAGAACCCUGACUUUCAGUGCGUUUUGGGAGACCUGUCAAAAACUGUGCAUUACAGAAAGGAGAAAAAAUCUGGAAAUGGUGUUGUGGAGCAGUUUAUUGCAAGGAAGGCUGAUUUGCUGUUUGCUCCCUCUUGGAAGCCUGAUGGAUCAUUAAUAAAUGAAGAUGAAAUGGCAGAGACCUAUGCUGUUAUGCCCCCCCUUGAGCAGUUCAUGGAGGUGGCCAGUUGUGACCGAAGAGACAUUUUCUUUCGAGAUCUUGAACGUGGGGAUGUUGUCAUUGGCCGUAUUAAUUCCAUAAGAGAGUUUGGAUUCUUCCUUACUUUGAUUUGUUUAAAGACUGGUUUGAUAAGAGACAUUGAGGAUCUUGAAAUAACAGCUCUUUGUCCAUUGAGAGAUGUGCCUUCACUUGGUACCCAUGAAGAUCCUCUGUCAUACUACCACAUUGGAGAUCUUAUUCAAGCGGGAGUUAAAGACAUUGAUCGAUAUCAUGCAAAGCUGACUGUUUCACUGCAGAGUUCUUCUCUUCCACCUGACCUGUCGCAUCUUAAACUUGGGGUUAUAAGUGUAGAUGACAUGCCUGCCCAUUACAGACUAAGUGUUGAUGUUUCCAGCAGUACCACAGAGACUUAUGAAAAUGUUUUACAGAAUACAACAGGCUUUGCAAAUCCAUCAGUUGUUGAAUUUUUAUUGGGAAAACUAGGCCUUAGUGAAACAGAGCCUCCUUCUCUUAUGAGAGGGUUGCAAAGCAAAAAUUUUUUAGAAGAUGAUUAUUGGAAGUCAAUCAGAAAGAAGCAAUCUGCAUCUUGGGCACUAAAAUGUGUGAAAAUUGGAGUGGAUCAUUUUAAAUCCGGUCGGCAUGUGGAAGCAAUGAAUGAAUAUAACAAAGCUUUGGAGAUAGAUACAUGCAAUGUAGAAGCACUGGUGGCACGUGGUGCUUUGUAUGCUACAAAGGGCAGCUUAAGUAAAGCUAUUGAAGACUUUGAGCUUGCAUUAGAGAACUGUUCAACACAUAGAAAUGCAAAAAAAUACCUCUGCCAGACAUUAGUGGAAAGAGGAAGACAGCUAGAAGAUGAAGAAAAGCUUGUAACUGCAGAGGGACUAUACAGGAAGGCACUGGCUUUGGAUGAGACCUUUCAGGAAGCAGAAGAAGCAUUAAGGAAAUUACAGAAACAUAUCCAGAAAUCCCUGCAGUUAAAAGAAGAGGAGGCAGCAAAAGAAAAAGAAAAGCAUAAAACUGUGAAAACAAGUGCUGCAGAAAAAUUGCGUAAGCUAUUAAAAGAAGAAAAAAGAUUAAAGAAAAAAAGAAAAAGAUCUUCUUCAUCAACAUCUUCUUCAACUAGUAGUUCAGCUGACUCCUCUUCCUCUUCUCACAAAAAGGGCAAAAAAAGAAAGAGAAAGCAUUCUGAUUCAUCAGUCCGUGAUAAAAAGCACAUUUGCAAGGCAGAUUCACUAGAAGGAAGAUCUGUUGAUGGUAAAGAGGAAUUGUAUCCACUUCCAACAAACACAUCUGCAUCUUUCAUGAAUCGGGAAAUAACUGAUGAAAUAAAGUGGCAAGAAAAAUCUGUCUUGCAGAUGGAUGUAUUCAAGGGAAAAGGCUAUUCUCGCUCAAUGUCGUCGUCAUCUGUAGAGAUCCUUGAGGAUGGACGAGGUAGGUCAGAUGACUCUAUAGAUUCUUUUCAUAGUAGCAAAGUAUAUGCUUUUACCAGUAAAGGAAAAACAAGAUAUAGUUUAGAUGGAAAAUACCCAGAUUAUAAGUAUAAUCCACCAAACCCCUUGCAUGAUAAAAGAAGAGAAAAGGACAAAGAGGAGCUGAGCAUCAUUUCGAAGCAUCAUUCCCAAGAUUUGAGCACUAAUUAUGAUUUGUCCAGAAAUUUUGAUAAAAGCCGAUCUCGGAAGUAUUCUUCCUCUUCAGUAGGUUCUGAAUACUCUCACACAUCUGAUAGAUAUGGAAACAAACAACGAGAUUCUUAUUCUCAGGACAAUAACAGUAGUAAAUCCUAUACUGGAAAGCAUAACCUUGAAGACAAAGAUAAUUCAAACCAAGGCAAUAAAAGAAAUUCUGUCAGUGGGGCGAAAUUGCAUAAUGAAGAAAGUAUGCUGCCAGUGGACAGAAAAAAGAAUAGUACCAGUGUUCCAGAAACAAGUUCAAAAAGGAGCCUUCCAUCAAAUUUGUUAGAUAUAUUUAGCCAGAUUGCACAGUUUGAAAAAGAGAAAUGUAUAAAAAAAUAAAACUUCUUUAAAUGUCA